AUGGAGCAGCCGCCGCCGCAGCCGCCGGCCCGCCAGCCAGUGAGCAUGGCCUUGUUGGGCAGCCCCCAGCCCGGCGCCCUCUCCGUGGCCGGCGUGCCUGGCGGGACUUCCUCAGCGGCGACGGCCGUGCGCUCCUUCGACACCCUGGCCUCCACAGCAGCCGCGGCGCUGGGGAACCAGAGCGAUGGGAGAGGGGGCGGCAGCGCUGUAACCCCGGCUGGAGGCGGUCUCGGAUGGUUCGGAGGAGCGGCGGGGGCAGCGGGGAAACCGCCGCUGGGCCCGGAGGCAGCGCAGCUGCUGUCGCACGGGGCCGUGGUGGCGGCUCAGGCGCUCCUCCUUCUGCUCAUCUUCCUGCUGUCUAGCCUAGGCAACUGCGCGGUGAUGGGGGUGAUCGUGAAGCAUCGGCAGCUCCGCACCGUCACCAACGCUUUCAUACUGUCCUUGUCCCUGUCGGACCUGCUCACCGCGCUGCUCUGCCUGCCUGCCGCCUUCCUGGACCUUUUCACGCCGCCCGGGGGCUCGGCGCCCACAGCUGUUACUGCUGCCUCCACGGGGCCCUGGCGCGGCUUCUGCGCCGCCAGUCGUUUCUUCAGCUCUUGUUUCGGCAUCGUGUCCACGUUCAGCGUGGCUCUCAUCUCGCUGGACCGCUACUGCGCCAUCGUGCGUCCGCCACAGGAGAAGAUUGGCCGUCGCCGCGCGCUGCAGCUGUUGGCCGGCGCCUGGCUGGCGGCGCUGGCCUUCUCCUUGCCUUGGGAGCUGCUGAGAGCGCCCCGGGAGCCCCCGGCGGCACAGAGCUUUCACGGCUGCCUGUACCAGACUUCCCCGGACCCCGCACAGCUGGGCGCAGCUUACAGCGUGGGUCUAGUGGUGGCCUGCCACCUGCUGCCUUUCCUGCUCAUGUGCUUCUGCCACUACCACAUCUGCAAGACCGUGCGCCUGUCUGACCUACGCGUGCGGCCGGUGACUACCUACGCGCGCGUGGUGCGUUUUUUCAGCGAAGUGCGCACGGCUACCACUGUGCUCAUCAUGAUCGUCUUUGUCAUGGGCUGCUGGGGGCCCUACUGCUUCCUGGUGCUGCUAGCUGCGGCCCGGCAGGCCCAGGCCACGCAGGCCCCCUCGCUCCUCAACGUGGUGGCUGUCUGGCUGACCUGGGCCAACGGGGCCAUCAACCCUGUCAUCUAUGCUAUUCGCAAUCCCAACAUUUCCAUGCUCCUGGGGCGCAACCGGGAAGAAGGCUACAGGACUAGGAAUGUGGAUCUUUUCCUUCCUAACCAACGCCCAGGUUUGCGGGCCCGAAGUAAUCGCUUUCGAAACCGCUAUACCAACAGGUUGGGGCCCUGCAGCCGGAUAUCCUCUUCCAACCCAGCCAGCGGGGUAGCUGGGGACGUGGCCAUGUGGGCCUGUAAAAAUCCAGUUGUGCUUUUCUGCCGCGAGGGGCCACUGGAGCCUGUGGCAACAGCGGCAAAACAACCUACGUCAGAAGCCGGAGAUACCAGCCUCUAA